GCCCAUCAUCCAAGUUCAUUGUUGUCUGCUGCCUCUCUUCCCCACUUACCAUGUCUGCCCAGAGCAUACCUCACUGGAAUGCAAUUCCCAUGUCUCGACCUGAUACAGACACUCAAGAACAAGCACAAUCUGUGCAAAACCAAAUUAAUUCUAUGAAGCGCUCUCACCAAGAUGUUGAUGAUGACGAUGACGACGGCGUCUCGCUAGUCUCAAGGUCACCAUCGCCUAUUCCCGAUACAAUGGACAUUGAAAAAUAUGACGAAUAUGUCCGCGGUCCAGAAAGGGAGGUUAUCACCGUCGAGACCAAAAUUAAAAGCACCAACAAGGGCUUUGCAAUGCUCGCAAAGCUUGGUUGGUCAGAGGGUCAGCCGUUGGGACUAUCUGCAGACGCGCGCGUCGAUCCUAUACCAUUUCAUACGACUCAAGAUUUUCGAAUGAUCGAGACAACACGACAACGCAAAGAAACCGAAUAUCAACGAAAAGCACGAGAGGACGAUGCUGCCCGUCGGGCUGCACUCAAGUCGGAAAUUUCGGAUACCCUCAAAGCAUUCUACUGUUCGCUUUGUGAGAAGCAAUUCCAGAAUGUCGCACAGUAUGAUGAACAUACAAACUCGUACGCGCAUCACCACAAGGCGCGCCUCCGGAUAUGCAAGCCAACACACCGUAAGGAGAAAGAGCGCAAGCGAGAAGAAAAAGAGCUUCGCAAAAUUGCCAAGGCUGCUGGGAUAAAGAUGGCAAAACCUACAACUACACCAGCUAUCGUGUCUCCUGCACAGACACCUGCUGCUGCAGAGGCGUCACUUCCCUCUGAGGCACAAUCAAGCAGUUUCAAGAAAGCGGGCUGGGCAACCGUUUCAGCACCAGUUGAGCCUGCGACCGGUUUCAAGCGGUUAGUGAUCAGUCCGCCCCCAGCUUCUCGCAGCGCAGCUACACCAACAUUUCGCACCGGUGGCUGGACAUCUCUUGACGUCGGCAGCUCUCAGUCAGUCACCCCGCCUCCUCCCAACAACACUGCAGCGCCGCCACCACCGCCACCCAAUGUAGCCCCGCCUCCUCCCCCAGUUACUCCUAUGAAUGCGCCUCCUCUAGGCGGUCGGCCUCCAUUCCCGCCAGCAAAUGUGCGUCCACCUAGCGUACCUCUCCCUCCCAGCGUGCCUCCGCCCAGUGGGCAACCUCCCUUCCCUCUCACAACAGGCGGCUGGGGACCUGCUGCGCUUGUCUCAGAUUCUAGGAGACGGGAUCAGAGUUUUGUUCCUGCGCCGACGUUCUCCCAACCCGCGCCUCCCGUAGCAGCUGCCCCACCUACAUCAACCAGUCUAAAGGCUGCGGUUCCCCCGCCUGCUGCUCCUCAAGCAAGAUCAGGCUGGCAGCAGUGGAAGCAAGGCUCUGGAUCGAAACGGAGAUAGAGUACAUACAUGCAUCUCUGUCAUUUACUAUGCUGAUUACGUGACAUGUUGCUCAACUAUUGGUCAUCUGCAAAAUGUAAGGACGGAGUUUUUGAUUCCGCGGAA